AUGGCCAAAUAUUUAGGCCUUGACAAGUUACAAACUUUUGCUAAAAUUAUUAAGCAGAAUGGUGGAAUCAAAGGUUCCCUUUAUAAACUUUACAGACAAGAUGAGCUCAAACUGGGAACUUUAGUUGGGGAAGAUAAAUAUGGCAACAAAUAUUAUGAAAACAAUAUGUAUUUUUAUGGCAGGAAUAGGUGGGUCGAGUAUGCUGACUACUAUUACCUAGAUUAUGACGGUAGUCAAGUACCUGCUGAAUGGUUUGGUUGGCUUCAUUAUAAGACAGAUCUACCUCCUCACCUGGAUCCCUCAAGACCAAAGUAUCCAUGGAUGGCUGAUCACACGGAAAACCUAUCAGGAACUGCUAAGCAAUAUGUACCAUAUUCUACUACCAGGCCGAAAAUAGAAGCCUGGUGCCCUCCUAAGAAAAAGUAG